AGGCAACGUUCAGUGGGGCAACUUUUCCCUCCAUGCGAAUAUGAUAGCCGUGAAUGAAGGGGAGAAAAAAAGCAGCAAGCACACCCGAAAGGGAACGCAAAACGCAUGGAAACUGGUUGGCGCACGCCGGUUUAAUUCGAAUUAAGCCCAUUACGCAACAGCAGUGCGCGACCAGGAGUGGGCCAAAUCAAGACAAACAAAGACGAGACGGUUGCUGGUGUAUGGGCACGACCCGGCCCGAGAGAUGCUGCCGGAACAACGGCGACAGCAGGACGGUACGCAAAACAAAACGCGAGCGGGGGGCCGGGUGCGCGUCCAACUCCCCACCAUCGUGCAGCGAAGAUGAACGAGUUUUCCGCGAAACGCUGCUGGCGACCCAAGAAAAUGCCGCAGCACUCGUUGGCGCUCUUUCCGCAAUCACGGUUUGGUAGAUGGAGACUGGGUACCCCGUGUCUCGAGCGUAUGAUCUAGGAGGCGAGCCAGCGUUGACUUCAAACUCCACAAAUACACACACGCACGGGCGCUACACACCCGUGAAGUUCCAGGUGAAGCGGAACUAGCGCCAUUAUGAGCAUUAUGAGGAGGGCGGUUUGAUGUUUGAUUUGGAGACGGGCGGGUAAUUGGAUAACUUACGAUUUUCAUGUGCACGUUUCCUCUCGCGAGCGAUGGCGAUUAUAAUUUUGUAACAAGAGCACGCGCCUGGCGAGUUACGGCAGCCCGGCUGCCACGUGCCCUGGGCACCUGCCGGUGCGAAUUUCUUUGGCGCCGGGACACACCAGCUGGACAGAUUUAUUGCUGCUAACGUUGAAUGAAUUAGAAUUGGUUCAGGAAAUGUCUUCCGAACCAUACGGCGGGCGCCUACGUGGAUCGGCGGGACUUCCGGGCUUUUUGGUACCAACCAUUUGCUGGGAUCGCAAGGAAGGCCUUUCUAGCGGGAAUUUAAAAUUCAAUAAUACCCAUAACGGUUAAUGGCGAAGGUCAAACGUGAGUGAACUUGGCGAAAUCGUAGCAGCGCCCUCUAACGGAAGUUAGCGUGCCGCCUAUUAGUAUUCAGGGUGGCAUCCUGAUGGCAAGUGUUGGAAAAGGUAAAAGAUAAAAAAAACCCAAAAAGCAUGUUUACACGGAAAGCGCAUGAAAGUGCAUGAGUGUAGACAUCAAGUGCAUCUCAAAGGCAGCUUGGGGUAGGGCACGGGGUAGUUUUUAUUUGCUCCUCUUAAUCCGCCCGGGUGGGGAAACCGUCUCCGAUCACCUCAGCAGGGAAAUGGAAACCGUGCGCACGUCCGUCGUUCAAGAGCAGCGUGCGCAUGAGGCCUUGGCUCGGAGCAGCAUUACCAGCGCCUUGCUCAGUACCGUGCGGCAGGUUGGUGGCAACGGUUCACUUCUUUGCAAGCGCCGUGCAGACUGCGGCCAGACUGGAAACGUAUCGUAUCGCGACGGCGCAUCCGAUAAGAGGCUCGAUAGACAUGAUCGCAAACGUGUAGAGAGUGCACACCUGACAACGGAUCGUACGCAUUCCGGACGGGUUCCGAAUAGUCUGUGACGGUAACGCGGCCAACACAAGUGCAGUGCGGUGAAGGAAAGGCUUACCCUUAUGCAAUAGCGAACCCUUCCGAGCUCGGUCAUUCGUAGAGUAAUUGUUGAUCGGCAACAUUAUGACGAAUUGUGUGAAUUUAAUAACGCGCCAUGGCUCAUUACGGGCGUGGAUGGUGCCUUUAGUGCUGGGGUGUCUGAUUGCCGGUGGUCAUUACACUGUUGGUGCCGUUACCGUAGAUAUCUUCCCGCUGCCACCCUCGACGGAAUCAAUGUACGCGCAUCACCACGCGCACCGGUACCAUGCAGGACCGUUCGGGCCGACCAAGAUGAAAAGCCACAUCAAGCGCAUACUAAACAUUCGAGAAGAAAAUAGCACCCUGGACAGCUAUCUACUGUCGCUGUUCAACGUGGACAACCUAAACCCCACGUACGUCUUCCUGCUCCCGAUGGAAGGCAAGAACCACGUGCGCAAGCUCAUCUACCAGCGCAGUGACUUCGAGGAGGCCGAAUUCCCGAACGUAACCACCAUCAACAAGUUCAGCGGGAGGCCGAACCGGACGGGGGCCAGCAUUGUCGCCGGUCCCGGCAGCGACAUGCAGCUGGAGAAGAAAAUUUUCGACCACCUGGACAAGGACACCAUGGACGAUGGCACGCGCAAGGUGGUCGAGGAGAAUGUGCGCACGGAGCGGAACUUUAUCAAGUUUAUGGACGAGCUGAACCGGGACCUGGAGGAGGAGGAAAAUCGACGCAUGCUGAAGGAAAGCAUGCGCAAGUCCGCUUCGUCGGCUGGGCGAACAUCGUCCACCGCUCUGUUUACGCCCUACGCGUACAAACACACGCCCACCAUCGGGUGGGAUGAUCUUGGGCUCGAGGGAUGGGCUGGCGGGUUGCGUGAAAACCAUGGCCACCGUUUCGACCAUCCCGUGCUGGAAAAACCGAAAACAACGUUCGCCCCGCAGACGACGCAACUGCAGGCUAGUUUCAAUGCAGCUCAGCAGCUACCGUCCGGUCGGCCGACGGCUGCCCUCGGACCGGCGUCGAAGGCGACCGUUAACCAGACGGUAGUUGCCAGUGCCGCCGCCCGCUACAAACAGACCGGCGUUCUGCUGAGCGAGGACGUUGGCGUGAAGCUGCAGGAAAUCUACAAGCGCACCAACGGGAGCAACGCACGCAUCAAGUGGCCCAUCACGAAUAGUCGCGAUGCGCACCGGGACGAGGAUGUGUUCAUUGCGCGGGCCAACAAUCCCUUCGGACACUCGACCAAGUGGCGCUGGAGCAAUGAAACGGCACAAGAGGAUCCGCUCAAGGUGGAAGUCCAAUCGUCUCGCGAUGGCCGCGCAAAGCGUGGCGUGUACAAUCUCUACUCGAUGAUCAAAUGUGCCACCGGGUGUGAUCCCCUCAUCUACAAGGGCUACGGAUGCUACUGUGGCUUUUUGGGAUCCGGCCAAGCGCUCGAUGGGAUUGAUCGCUGCUGCAAGAUGCAUGACUACUGCUACAGCACCGCCAGCUGUCCGAUGUUUUUGGAGUACUUCGUGCCGUACCUUUGGAAGUGCUACCGGGGCCGCCCGUUGUGUGCAAUCGAUCACGGCGAAUGGGGUGGUCCAGGUUCGUGUGCAUCCCGGCUGUGCCAUUGCGAUCUGUCGCUGUCAAAGUGUCUUCGUCGGUACUACUGUCCGCGGAAGCGUAACGUCUGCACUACUUCCCCGCUGCGAUUGCUACAGAAUCUAGUGAUGGUGUUCUGAGCGGAUGGUCGGCUUGUGCUGUUCUACAUCAGACCGGUUGACUGCUCCUUCUGUGUACAUUCCUGUUUCCAGUAUGAAUGCUAGCAUUUCCAAAGUACAAAUAAGCGUAGCGUAGCAGCAAGCAGAUAGCUUACAAGCGUUGUAGAUUAAACCAAAAAUAAAAUAAAAAAUUGUCGAAAAUAA